CUGUCUUGCUACUUUAUCUUGGUCAUAUCUUUUUCUCAGUUUCCCCUCUCAUGUCAGUUACAGGGACAGUUUGAUCUAAAUGGGAUGUACAAGACUGGAGAUGUGGUUCUAGGGGGACUGUUUCAAAUCCACUUCUUUUCAAGUGUUUCUAUUCAGUCUUUUACUUCAGAACCACAACAGCCUACUUGCAGUGGUGUUUAUGCCCUAGGAUUUAAGCUUGCACAAACCAUGGCCUUUGCUAUUGAUGAAAUCAACAGAAACUCAAACCUGCUAUCAAAUGUGACUCUGGGAUAUACGCUGUAUGAUAGCUGUCAAGAACUUGGAAUUGGAUUCCGUGCAGCAUUAUCAUUAGCCAAUAGUCAAGAAGAGAAAAUUAUAUUAAAUGAUACAUGUUCUGGAAAUCCUCCCGUCAUAGGGAUUGUGGGUGAUCCGUCCUCUACACCUUCUAUUGCCAUCUCCAACGUCUUAGGUUUGUACAGAGUACCUAUGGUGAGUUAUUUUGCCACAUGUUCCUGUCUGAGUGACCAUCAAAAGUAUCCAUCCUUCUUUAGGACGAUCCCAAGUGAUGCUUUCCAGGUACGUGCUAUGAUCCAGAUUCUAAAGCACUUUGGCUGGACUUGGGUAGGUCUGCUUGUCACUGAUGACGAUUAUGGACUUCAUGCAGCCAGAUCCUUUCAGUCUGAGCUGAGUCUUUCGGGUGAAUCUUGCCUGGCCUACACUGAGGUUUUGCCCUGGAACAAAGACACAGAUGAACUCAGGAGGAUUGUUGAUGUUAUGAAAAAAUCCACAGCUCGAGUUGUCAUUGUCUUUGAACAUUACAGUCGUGUGAUAAAUCUUAUGGAAGAGGUAGUGAGGCAAAAUCUAACUGGCAUACAGUGGAUGGCCAGUGAAAGCUGGACAGUAACAGUACCUGAUGUGCUCCAAACACCUCAGCUUAUGCCAUACCUGCGUGGUACACUGGGCAUCGCUAUUCGUCGAGGAGAAAUACCAGGGCUCAGGGAAUUCCUGUUACAAAUACGUCCUGAUCUACAUCACAACAAUAGCUAUGAAAAUAGCAUGGUGAACCAGUUUUGGGAAUUUGCAUUUCAGUGCAGAUUUGCUCUAGCUCCAGCAGGCUGGCUGGAAGGUGGAGGUGCAAUAUGUACUGGACAGGAAAAUCUGGAAAAUGUGGACAAUGAGUUCUUGGACGUUUCCGACUUGCGGCCUGAGUAUAAUGUGUACAAAGCUGUUUAUGCACUGGCAUAUUCCCUUGAUGACAUGCUGCGGUGCAAGCCAGGAAGAGGGCCUUUCAGUGGGAACAACUGUGCCACUUUGCAGUCACUGGAGUCAUGGCAGCUUCUUUAUUACUUGGAAAGAGUGAACUUCACCACUCCAUUUGGUGAUCAAGUGUCAUUUGACGAGAAUGGUGAUGUGGAGCCAAUUUAUGAUGUGAUGAACUGGUUGUGGCUCCCUGAUGGAAGCACUAAAGUUCAAAGUGUGGGUGAGGUUAAGGGGUCAGGUGAAGGUGAAGAACUCAUACUUGAUGAAAACAGAAUCUUCUGGAACUUUGAAUCGAAAAAGCCACCUCAAUCAGUGUGUAGUGAGAACUGUCCUCCUGGUACCCACAUGGUGAGAGAGAAGGGGAAACCCCAGUGCUGUUUUGACUGCAUCCCUUGUUCUGAAGGAAAAAUCACUAAUAAGAGCAACUCCUUGGAGUGCACCAGUUGUCCAGAGGAUUUUUGGUCAAACCCACAGCGUGACCACUGUAUUCCUAAGAAGACAGAGUUUCUCUCCUAUCAUGACCCUUUGGGCAUUUGUUUGACGGCAACCUCCUUACUGGGAACACUUAUAUGUGCUGUUGUUCUGGGGAUCUUUAUCUGCCAUCGCAGAACACCUAUAGUUCGUGCCAACAAUUCAGAACUUAGUUUCCAGCUAUUAGUGUCACUUAAGUUAUGUUUCCUUUGUUCGUUGCUGUUCAUUGGACGACCCAGGCUUUGGACAUGCCAACUCAGACAUGCAGCAUUUGGGAUCAGCUUUGUGCUGUGUGUCUCAUGCAUCUUAGUAAAAACCAUGGUUGUUCUGGCUGUGUUCAAAGCCUCCAAGCCAGGAGGGGGAACCAGUUUGAAGUGGUUUGGUGCAAUGCAGCAGAGAGGAACAGUUCUAUUUCUGACAUCUAUUCAGGCAGCCAUCUGUACUACCUGGCUUGUCUCUUCCUCUCCAACUCCACAUAAAAACACCCGAUACCACAAUGAUAAGAUAGUGUAUGAGUGUGCAGUUGGGUCCACUGUUGGUUUUGCAGUGUUAUUGGGCUAUAUUGGUUUGCUGGCUUUCCUCAGUUUUCUAAUUGCAUUCCUGGUGAGGAAUCUCCCUGAUAGUUUUAAUGAGGCCAAGCUCAUCACAUUCAGCAUGCUGAUCUUCUGUGCUGUGUGGGUGGCCUUUGUUCCUGCUUAUAUUAGUUCACCAGGAAAUCUUGCAGAUGCAGUGGAGGUAUUUGCCAUCCUGGCUUCAGGUUUUGGACUUUUGAUCACACUGUUUGGACCCAAAUGUUACAUAAUCCUUUUGAGACCAGAGUUGAACACAAAGAAAGCUGUUAUGGGUCGUGGCGUUGAGUCAUAA